AUGUGGGGUUUCAAGCCUAUACGGCAUCUCUCUGCGACGAAAUUGGACGCCAAUACUGAGAACGCACGGCAAUACCAGCCAAUCUUGGAUGAAAGGCCCGAGAAUGAGAAGGAACUAGUUGAGGGGGAAGAGCCAUACUUCUCGCAAGGCAGAGAUCGCCGUCUGGGGUCAUUUGCGUCAAAUACCGCCAAACUUACACUUUUGGCAAUAUGCGCAAUUCUGAUAUGCUGGAUCGUACAGCCACUAGUCUUGCCUCAGCAUUGCGAAAACGGCAAAACUCCAACGGUCCGCCGUGAAUGGCGCAGUCUGGCACUUGAGCGACGGAAAAACUACAUCUCCGCUCUCGAAUGCCUCGUCAAUAAGCCUUCCAAACUCCAGCCCGAUCAUCUCUCAGCUAGCCGCUUCUACGACUUCGCAUGGACACACGCACACACCGGCAGCGUUGCUCAUGAAUCAGCCGCCUUCCUCUCUUGGCACCGUUGGCUAGUUCAAUUGUUUGAAAAUACUCUGCGCGACGAAUGCGGCUAUAGCGAUCCACUUCCCUACUGGGACUGGACGAAGGACUGGAAACACAUCGAACAAGCUCCGGUCUUCUCCAUCGAGAAUGGAUUCGGAGGAAAUGGAGACCCGAAUAGAGGAUGGUGUCUGCACGAAGGACCAUUCGCAGGCGCAAAACUCCCUUUUGAAAAUUCAUCGCUGUGUCUCUCUCGUAAAUUCGCCCAAGGAACAACCUUCAACGCCUCGCAUCUGAGUUCUAGAUAUGUCUCCGUGACGCUUUCCAAAAAGACAUAUGCCGACUUCCUACUAGCUAUGGAAGAUGGCCCUCACGAUGAUAUCCCACAGGGUGUAAGGGGGACUUUCAUGUCCUUCUAUGCUCCUGCAGAUCCUCUGUUCUUUCUUCACCAUGCACAACUGGAUCGAAUCUGGUGGAUGUGGCAACGCAAGAGCGCGGCAAAUGCAAGAGCGUACGAGAGGAUUCCGGGAAAGCAUGGCAUAAAAGCCGCCCUUGGGAGUCUCACCGAUGUUUUGCCUUUUGCAGGCUUGGGGGACAAUGUUGUUGUGGAAGAGAUAAUGAACACGGAGAAGGGGAGGUUGUGUUAUCGGUAUGGAUGA